UCCGGUGCCGGUCUUUUCAGCAAGUGCGUGAAAAAUGGCAAGUCCUGUUACAGCUUUGGGAAGAGUUUUGUGCCGCGCUGGCGGACUAGCUCACAACUUUGUUGCACCAGCUUCAAUAGCUAGUACCCCAAACAGAAACUAUGCUACUGGUAAAAGAAUCAAGGUUGAUAACCCAGUUGUUGAGCUGGACGGAGAUGAGAUGACCAGGAUUAUCUGGGAGAAAAUCAAGGAAACUUUGAUUCUGCCCUACCUUGAUGUUGACCUAAAGUACUAUGAUUUGGGCUUGCCAUACCGUGACCAGACAGAUGACCAGGUCACCAUUGAUUCAGCAUUGGCCAUUAAGAAGUACAACGUAGGAGUCAAAUGUGCCACCAUUACUCCUGAUGAAGAGCGAGUGGAAGAAUUCAAACUGAAAAAGAUGUGGCUCAGUCCUAAUGGAACAAUAAGAAAUAUUUUGAAUGGCACAGUGUUCCGUGAACCAAUUCUCUGUGAGAAAGUUCCACGUCUGGUACCAGGAUGGACUAGGCCUAUCGUUAUUGGCCGUCAUGCCUUUGGAGAUCAGUACAGAGCCCUAGACUUUGUUGCCCCAGGUAAUGGCAAGUUUGAGCUUGUGUUUACACCUGAAGGAGGCAAAGAACAAAGAAUGGAUGUGUUUAAUUUCACAAAUGGCGGAGGUCCACUGAUGGGAAUGUACAAUACAGAUGAGAGUAUCCAAGGAUUUGCCCAUGCCUGUUUCCAGUAUGCUAUCAUGAAGAAAUGGCCUCUCUACAUGAGCACAAAAAAUACAAUCCUCAAGAGAUAUGACGGCAGAUUUAAAGAUAUUUUCCAAGAAAUCUAUGAAAAAGAUUACAAGGGAGACUUUGACAAAAAUAAAAUCUGGUAUGAACACCGACUUAUUGAUGAUAUGGUAGCCCAGGCCCUGAAGUCUGAUGGAGGUUUUGUGUGGGCCUGUAAGAACUAUGAUGGGGAUGUACAGUCUGAUAUUGUUGCACAAGGUUACGGCUCACUUGGUUUGAUGACCAGUGUACUAGUGUGUCCCGACGGCAAAACCAUCGAGUCUGAGGCUGCCCACGGUACAGUAACCCGUCACUACAGGGAACACCAGAAAGGCAAUCCUACCAGCACAAACCCUGUAGCUAGUAUCUAUGCUUGGACUAGAGGUCUGGAACAUAGAGGAAAAUUGGACGGAAAUGCUGAACUACAAAGAUUUGCCACAACAUUAGAAAAGGCAUGUGUAGCUACAGUUGAUUCUGGUAAAAUGACAAAAGAUUUGGCUGGAUGUAUAUAUGGCUUAAAGAAUGUAAAACCAGAGCAUUACUUGUACACAAUGGACUUCUUGGAAGCAAUUUCAGAGGAACUGAAUCGUCAACUGAAAUAAUGACACUGUUGUUUAGGAAUUAUUUAUCAAGUUUAGGUCUGAAUAAGGGGCAGCAACUCUUUGUAACUUAACCAGAGUUUUAUCAAUGUGAUUUUUUUUUGGAUUUGUGACGUUAAUACACAAAUUUGUCCUAAUUAAGGUUUUAAAUAAUUUUCAUAAAAAGGAAAUUUGAAAAUGUUAAAAGAGGGGAAGGGAAGGUGAAAACAUAAAAAAUUACUAUAAAAUUGUUUGUAUUUUAUUAUAAAUGUCUACAUAUUUGUUAGAAGACUCAAAGAUGAAAAUGGAAUAAGAUCUGCAAGAGUUUUUUACAAUUGUUUUUCACUCAAAAAUUCCAUAAUAAGAUUUUGAUCUUUGUUACCAAAUUUUGUAAGUUAAGACCUGAUGUUCAUUAAUUUAUUAUGGAUUUUUUGUUUAAGUAGAUCUUAAUGCUGGCCAUUUACAUACCUUGUAAAUUAAAAGUCUCAUUUGUACAAAAUACUUGAGAAGUCAGUUUGAACUUUAAAAAAAUGGGAAUAAUAUUGGACAUGUACAUUAUUUGUGUCUUAUUCAUUAGUAUAUAUUAAAACAAGUGCCAGUAUUACCAAAUAUAUUGCCCUUUUUCUAUUGUAUUUACUAAAAUGUAGCUGUUUUGUAAUGAAUUUAUUAAAAAAAUACUAAAAAAUGGAUUAACAAGCAGUAAACGCAUAUCAAUCAAUUGUAAAAACCCUAGUCUUAGAUUAUAGAGUGCCAACAAAAUUGCAAUGCAUUUAAGAAAUUUAAUUAGAGGUAUGAUUCUUCUUUUCACUAUAUACAAUCUAUAGUGAGAAAAUCCUUUAGUUGCCAUAGAAGCCAAUCAAAAGUGCUACUUUUUUACAUGUGAUGUCAUAUUAGAUGUUUUUCUUUUUGUUGCCAUGGUAACCUGGCGAAAGUGCUAUUGUUAUAUAUUAUAAAGAGCAUCAUGUAAGAUUGUCUUUGAAGAAAAUUUAUAUUUUUAAUGGUUGAGUGUUAAAAUUUGAUUGCACUGGUGAGAUUGUAUACAGUGUAUACGGUACAGUUGUAAAUUAUUAUCUUUCAGGCAGAAAGUAAAUUUCAAAUAUUUAGUGUCCUUGACAUAAUGAAUAUUUAUAUGUCCUUUGAACUUUAAAGGGAAGUGCACCUUUAUGAUGCUAUAUGAUUUUUUUAAUUUGCUUUCAACUUGUAAUUAAGUUUAAUAUUUAAAUACAGAAGACAAUUUACAAUAAUGUGACUAUCAUAGCAUAUUUAAUACAUGUAUAUACUUGCUUGAGCAACUAAGUUUUACCAUAGCAUUUUGUCAAUAGUACUAUGCAUUAUAUUAUUCAGAGAUUGAAAAUAACUGUGAUAUAGGUUGUAUAAGAGUUGGCCAAAAUGAUAUUUUUGUCAAGUUUAUCAUUAUUACAAUUUACCAAGCUGCAUUCCUGAGUUUGCUUACAAUGGCUGUGUUUGGAAUCAUCUUCUGGCACAUAAUGAAUGUUUUGUUAUUAACAUAUAAGGCAGCUAGAUAUAAACAAGUAGCCUUAAGUUUUUUUUCUGUAACAAAUUCACCAUAGGUCAUCGAUGACAAGAUACAGAUUUGUUGAUCAACUGUUGUUGUAUGGCUAGAUUUGUCUGAGUGAGUGUGAAAUAAAUCAUGACCAAAUUA